AUGCAGGGACGCAGACUUCUACUUGAGCGACGACAUUGUACUCGUAGCAUAUCUAGCCGUGUGUGCAUAUCUAGCUUAUGUGGAGACCUAUAUGACCAAAGUACCAUUGCAUACAAAUAUACAAACAAGUAUGGAUAUAACGGUACCAAAAGAGUUUGCUUGGAAAAAUCUUUGGCAAUGACAUUAGUGGUACUUAGUCAUGCUGAGGGUAACAAAAUGGUGCAAGAUAGAUUUCAGCACUCGGGUGAGACAGUGCAUCGAGACGUGGCUAUGGUAGUUACAUUUCGGGACGUGUCAGAACAUAUUCAGCAUUCAGAUCGAUAUUGGCCACAUUUCAAGGGUUGCAUUGGUGCGAUUGAUGGGGUCCACGUCCCUAUGGUCGUACCAGUUGAUGAGCAACACCCGUACUAUGGCAAGAAGGGGAUCACCACAACAAAUUGCAUGUGCGCAUGUGACUUUGACAUGAAAUUCACAUUCGCAUGUGUUGAAUAA